AUGUAUGAUAUCCUUUAUGAGAAACCGGUCAAAAUGUGUGAUAUCCUUUAUGAGAAACCGGUCAAAAUGUCUGAUGUCCUUUAUGAGAAACCGGUCAAAAUGUCUGAUGUCCUUUAUGAGAAACCGGUCAAAAUGUCUGAUGUCCUUUAUGAGAAACCGGUCAAAAUGUCUGAUGUCCUUUAUGAGAAACCGGUCAAAAUGUCUGAUAUCCCUUAUGAGAAACCGGUCAAAAUGUCUGAUAUCCCUUAUGAGAAACCGGUCAAAAUGUCUGAUAUCCCUUAUGAGAAACCGGUCAAAAUGUCUGAAAUCCUUUAUGAGAAACCGGUCAAAAUGUCUGAAAUCCUUUAUGAGAAACCGGUCAAAAUGUCUGAUAUCCUUAAUGGGAAACCGGCCAAAAUGUCUGAUAUCCUUUAUGGGAAACAGGUCAAAAUGUCUGAUAUCUUAUGA